GUGCCAUACCGUACUGGGAAGCAGAUCUUUCAAAGUUUUUAAAUAGAUCUCUUACUGCACUGUUUCUCUUCUGCUUUCUUUUUGUGUUUUUUGGGGGGGGCUAAUUUCCACUGACCGGCCAUGGCGGGUAUCCGAGGAAUACUGCUUAUGUUGUCUAUCUUUGUCAUGGUUGCCGCCGGCGUCCUUUCUUACGAUCGUCCUCCGCCUCGCAAGGACUUUUUCAUUCCUCGUCUGAAGUAUCUCUCCUCCACUUCUCCAGAACAGGUGCACAUUUCUCUGGUUGGUCCGGACAAAAUGAGGAUAUCUUGGAUAACUAAAAGCGAUGCUACUGCAAUAGUAGAAUACGGUACUUCUCCGGGAGAAAGCAAGUUUUCUGCAACCGGAGCUACGACCUCAUAUAGUUACGUGCUUUACACGUCCGGAAAAAUUCACCAUGUAGUCAUUGGUCCAUUGAAACCAAACACCAUAUACUACUAUCGUUGUAGCUAUGAUUACACCCAUGAAUUCAGCUUCAAAACCCCACCACCUCUGUUCCCAAUCAAAUUCGCAAUUGCAGGGGAUGUGGGACAAACAGGAUGGACAAAUUCGACUCUCCAACACAUAGCACAAUCAAACUACGACAUUAUGCUGCUGCCCGGGGACGUAUCCUAUGCUGACACUGUGCAACCUCUUUGGGACUCAUUCGGUCGCUUGAUAGAGCCACUGGCCAGCCAACGGCCCUGGAUGUCAACGGAAGGCAACCACGAGAUUGAGACAAUUCGGUUCAUCCACAGCACGCCCUUCACCGCCUACAACGCACGUUGGCGAAUGCCGUUUGAGGAAAGCGGCUCCACUUCCAACCUGUACUACUCCUUCGAAGUUGUCGGUGUCCAUGUCGUCAUGUUGGGGUCAUACACGGAUUUCGAUCCAAAUUCCGAUCAGUACAAGUGGCUGCGGGGUGACCUGGCUAAGGUUGACCGGCAGAGGACUCCGUGGGUGGUGGUGAACAUUCACGCGCCAUGGUACAAUUCCAACACUGCCCAUCAAGGGGAGACCGAGUCGGUCGAUAUGAAGAAAUACAUGGAAGGGUUGCUUUACCAGGCUCGGGUCGAUGUCGUUUUUGCUGGACAUGUUCAUGCUUAUGAACGCUUUAGUCGUGUUUACAAUGGAACGGAAGAUAAGUGUGGGGCGGUCCACAUAACGGUGGGGGACGGAGGCAACAGGGAGGGGCUGGCGAAGGACUACAUUGAUCCAAAACCUGAGAUUUCAGUUUUUAGAGAGGCAAGCUUCGGGCAUGGGGAGUUCGAAGUGGUGAAUGCAACGCAUGCGCUGUUUACAUGGCACAGGAACCAGGAUGAUGAGGCAGUUGUUUCGGACUCUGUCUGGUUGAAAAGCCUCUCCUCGGACCCUGCUUGUAAAGUGUGAAAUGUAGAUCCAUCCCAUGUUGUCUCUCAUUAAUAAAUAAAGGAAAGGAAAAAAAAAUCUAUUGUUAAGUUUUUAUCUAUUGGAGAAUGAUGCACGUAGAAUUUAUU